AUGAAGUUCAAAUACCUCUUUCUGGCCGCCAUCCUAGUCACGCUCUCCCUCGGUAGAGUCAUCUCGAACCCUCGUCAUGAUCAAGAGGAGAGUUUCUGUCGGGAUAUCGAUCAUGUGAUCAAAGAGGGCACUAUAAUAAUGAUCAAGAACGAAUACAACCACAUAGAACUAAUAAGUACUUACACUUAUAUCAACCAAGUUGAUACCAACAGUUUGCAACUGUCAAAAAGACUGGAAGAUGUGGAAGUAGAUAUGAAUACUGUAGGAACCGCUCAGGAUGGCCAGAGAAUCUGGACUCAAGGUCUCGAUACAUGUGUUGCUGUAAUUGCAAUUGGUACUCCCAGUACGACUGGAGGUAUCGCGAAGGUCAUGGCUCAUAUGAGUACUGGCAAAACAGAAGUUAUGCAGGCUUGGUCUGCACAAGAUCAGGCCUCUGGAAUGACCGAUAUCGUUAUUUAUAUGUCGCAGCCAGAUCCCAGUCGCAAUCUUGAUCCUACGCCUAAUCGCGUGCAGGAGAUGGAUAUCUCGAUUCACCAAGAUUAUAACACUGUUUACCGGCUUUUGGUUUCCACGGGGCCGAUAAUACACAACUUCAAUACUUGGGUCAGAGAGCAAGCCCAUACUCUCAUGACAGCCGGGUUUGCCAUGUAUCAGCGCCUCAACAGGGACGCAGAGAGUUCAGCACCUGGUCUCGGCGAAAUGGAGUCCAGGGCUACUGGCAAUGUGAUAGCCGAUACACACGUCUUAUAG